AUGAUUAUGUAUCAUAUAUUCUACAUGGAUAGGGGGCAGUGUAUGUUAUUUAAUCUAAAUGCAGAAGCAACGACGUUCAACGGGUUGCUGGAUAUGGUCUCCAAGGAAGUGGGUCAUCGAAUCUCAGACCUGAUCAUCCUUGACGAGAACGGUACAGCACCUGACGGAAACAAAGCUCUCGCAGAUCUCAGUGCUUAUGGAAAUGCCACAGCUCCCGUCUACUUGUUUCUGAAAUCCGGAACUGACCGAGAAAACCACAAUUGCAGCGAUGUCACGUAUAUAUUUCAGAUGAUUGACGACGCUGUGGAACAGGCGCAGUACGUUCUGAAGUAUGAAGACCCGCUUAAGAUCUAUAUGGAACUGCCAGAACGUGCAAGGACUUGCAAAAAAGUUUGUGGAGAGUCGUUACAAAUGUGCGCCACAUUGGUACAACAACAUCGAUUUCUGCAUAAGGGGUGGCUUGCACUAAUCAACAACUUGGACAGUUCAGUCACUAAAAUGGCCAAAAGAGGGAAGAAAUUCAGAACUGUGCAUACUAAAAUGGAGGAACUUGUCGAAAAAUCGGAAUCUCUCCUCUUGAACUACUCGGACGUUGUUGAGCAAUUGCGGAGGAUAGAGGUUCCAAUGGAAAUCUUGAUAAAACCGGCUCCAAUGAUGGCAUCAACCACGUCACCAAUCAAUUCGGAGGAGAAAUGCACAUUGUUCGACUUCAUCUCAAGAGCGGACCCGAAUGCAUCUCUAGACGAUCUGCCUGAAUUAGUCCAUGAGAAAAUCAGACAACUUAAGGAACAUAAUGUAAAACAUGUAUAUACAACAUUGCAAUCAGUGCACGAUCAAUCGAAAAAUGUGGAGUUUCGAGAUUUCAAAGGGAUCAACAAGAGAUUCUCGCAACUGGAGUUUAGCCUAAAAAGCUGUGAAGAACGCAAAGAGAAAGUGAAUCGACUUGUCUCUGCAAUCUUGGAGACUCCGAAAAUCAAUGACCAAAGCAGACUCCCUCCGAUCAUUGAAGAACAUCGUCAAUAUAUGCAAUCUAUCUUCGACUGCUUCGUAGAAUUUCGUAAUAUGGUCCGAGUUUUCGACCAAUCGAAACAAGAAAUUCUGAAAAAUCUGCGAACGAGAAUGUCUGGAUUUGUAGUGCAGUCAUACGACAGACUUCGAAACGUUUUGAAUGAUAUUGUACAAUUUGAAUACAAAGGGAAUGCAGUUCGGAUUCAUAUGGACUUGAUUGGACAGAUUCGUGAUGCACCCAUUUUGUAUUCUCAAAGUGUGUCAGAAAUUGUUCGGCGACGUUUUUUGAAAGCAGAACUGGAAGAUUGGCAUACUGACCAUUCGACAAAAUGCGGACAAUUCAGUUCUGAUGAGGAAAAAAGCCGAGAACAACUAGGCCGAAAGCUGAAGAAACAUUUCCUUCAUGCACUCUUCCCUGGUCUCUUCGAUAAUUUGCCAGAAUUCUUUGUAAAAGCACCACUGAAGGAAUAUGACACUGAUUUACCAUUUAUUGCCAAGGAUUACAUCAGAGAACUUCGAGAAGCACUUCCCGAACUUGAACCAUAUUUGAAGGUUACCGUUCCAAAUGUUGCUGGCAAGCUGGCUACAAAAGGAGUCAAAGCUCACCCUCCAUUUGGACAAACUCGCGUUGAGAGUUUCUUGACAGAGGAACCAAUGAGAAUGGCUCGCUCACACUUUAAUUACUCCCCGGCAGCAUGGCUCAGCGAAGACGGUGGUGAUUCGUCUCCAAUUCCUCAACCAGUAAUGUGCCGAUCACCAGACAACGCUCUACGGGAGUCUCAAUGCAGAUCAAUUCCAUAUGUUCCAUCUCUUCAACAACUGGAGGGUUUGGAUGCCCCUGCACCAGGCUCAUCUGCUCCGAUCAGCAUUCCAAAUGCCUCAUCAUCUCGUAUCAAUUUCAAACAGUCUGGUCGUCAAAUGAGUUCACAAGACUUGACUCAAGUUGGGUCAGCGGUCUCAUCAGACACAUCUUUGCUAGGACAUGAAACUCCUGUCAAAAUUCAAGAUACUGUUAUGAUGAUGGAGAAACAAUCGGAACUUCAACAGCAAUCAAACAUGAGCGAUAGCAAUGAGAGUAUCGAUUCUUUGAUGGAUGUUUAUGAGACCAUUGACUACCCAGCCGAAGAUAUUUUGGUUGGAUUGUCAGAUAAAACCGGUCAAUUGGAAGAUGCAGUAAAACGACUAGGGAAAAUGCAAACCCUCGUGUCCAACAUGCAACCGAAAAACGAGCGUCUAUUCAAAUACCUCCAUCAAACAGCUCCACGCGAUUUCGAGUUGAUCAUCCAUGACGGCGACAAGCUGAAAAAUCGUAUCAAGGAACUCGGCGAGAGUGUUGAGUGCCUUGAAGUGGAGUUGGAAACUAGAAGAAGCACGGAAACUGGACUGGAAGCCAAACUUGCUGAAAUGACAGUUUCACAUAAGAAGGAUAUUGAAGAGACGCAAGCGGAAUGCAUUAAAAGGAUGUCUGUGGAGUUUGAACUCAUGACGGAUAGCAUGUCGAGACAGAGCAAAGAGCUUAUUGAGAGCAAGGACCGUGAAAUUGAGGAACUGAAGGCCAAACUAGAAAAACAGACGCUGUCUCAUGAGAAAGCUCUUCGCAACGACCCCUACACGGAAGAAUACAAACGGAACUUGACUGCAGAGAUUCGUGCAGAACUAGAGAAGGAGUUCAAACAACGUAUCGAAAUCAUCACCAAAGCUGUUGAAUGCAAGAAAGAUGAAGCGUUUGCCCGGCAGGAAAAGACUUUGGAAAUCGAGAAUCGUGUUCUGUCGUCUGAAAACGAAGUCAAAUCCAAGAAACUCGAGGCAAUGAACUGUGAGAAGGAACAACUUGAAUCGCUGAUUCGCCAGAUGCCAGAUGGAGAAAUAAUUUUGGAAGAAUUCAACGCUUUGAAAGAGAGUCAACCAUCCGUGCAUAUCAAAGACAAAUUUGCUGCUAUUAGAUCCAAAAUGGAUAGAAGUACGGACUCCAGAUGCCUCGACAACAACAAAGUCCUUCUUAUCGACAACAUUCUGAAGAUUCAUAAGCUUCAACAACUCGUCGAUGAAAGAUUGAAGUAUAAAGAGGUUAUCAAGAGUCAACCAGGUGGUGAACAAGUUUUGCAAUGCUUGGAAUCUAGUACCCCAUCCGUCGCAGUCGAUAUGGAAACAUUCUGGAAAGAGCUCACGUCAUAUUCUGGAGCAUUCGACGAGGCAGGCCGGAAAAUCACUAAAAUUCAUGAAUUGGAGAUGGAAGCAGUGUGGCUUCAAGCUCUCGUCCGUGCGAAUCCAAGUGGUCCCAACAUUAGAGACAUCUCAGCCGAGUUGCACAAAGAAAACCAUCAGAAGGAUGUCGAAACUGUUACAUCUAUAUCUAUGAUGGAUAUCUUCAUGGAUCAUGAUAGAGAGGAAAUCAAAAAACUCGCUCGUACAAUGCAAAUGUGGAUGAAUGCUUAUGUGACCAGUCUUCGUUCUGGAGGAACAUAUGCAAUUGAGGAUUCUCCAAAAAUCAAGGAGUGUGCUGCUAAGUACAAAUCACAUAUCAUGAAAAACUCCUCCUACCACGGUAUGGAAGAAAGCUUCUUCCAACCAAUGGCUGCCAGCACCAUCCAACACAAACCAGCACAAGAGGAUCUCUCUUUUGAAGUAGAGCGAUGCAGUCAGAAUACUAUGUCCACUCAAACUCGUCUUUGUCUUCCUGCCAUGAAUCUUUUGGUUUCUGUACAAGAUAUCAAAGUUGGCUCAGCUGUUCUCGUGAUCUGGCAUCAAGCACAUAACGCUUAUGUAAUCUUCUGCUCCAGCCCACAUCGCUUUUUCGUGAAGGAGUCUUCAAUCCGUCGCCUUGGCAUCAACACUCAAGAUCCCACUACUCGACGCAACUGGAUUAUUGCAAGAGUUGUCCGUUCUGAUAGCUGUUCCAUCAAGAAACCAAUUAAUCGGUACAACCUCUCCGUGGGAACCAUCGUCCGCCGUGUUGAAGUUGAAACUGUCAGUAUGGAUUUUGAGGGGGACUUCCAGAAAAUAUCAAUUGCCUGA